GCUGAUACGACGCACCUCAUCCCCAACGCUCGUCAUCAACGGCAGUCUCUGAAGUGAAGCACUUGAAGACAACCUAGCCUGGUAGCAACGCGAGCAGAACAGUCUUUUAAUAUCAGAUAGCGCUAGCCUCGAGAUGAACCUCUCGGAUGACCCUAUCGCAAGGGCGAGCUCUGUCGCGAACAUCGCCCUUCAUCGCCAGCCCCACGCUCCAGACAACCACAACGCCAGCAUAAUCAAGCAGACGGCCGACGAGCUGCGCUCGCUCGAGCACGACGCGGAACUACAGAUGCAGGCACUCACGGCCAGAGUGGGUGCGCUUCGCAGGCAGAUCGCCAUCCACGACGCGCUCCUUCACCCAUGGCGACGCCUCCCUCCCGAGAUCCUCUCGGAAGUCUUCCGCCACGCAGUCCCGGACGAUUGGACUGCUCAGUUCGUCGGGCGUAGGAUCCUGAACUUCGCGCAAGUAUGCCAUGCUUGGCGGUGCGCUGCUUUUGCUAUGCCUCGCCUCUGGACGACGCUUCGUUUCCUACCCCACUUCAAUCCACCUGUGAAACACGUGGCUGCCCUGAGGGCCGAUUUGGCGAAGACGGCGCAGGCGCCGCUGGAAGUAGAGAUGUGUAUGUCUGCUUCUGCCGCGUCAGGGUAUGGCGAGAGGGACGCGAGGUGGAGCGACGAAGUCUGGGAGCUGCUGUGUGAACAGGCGCACAGGUGGGAAUAUGCUUUGCUGAAUUCGCUACCUAUGGUCGCCUACGAGCGACUGCUCGGCCGUUCCUUCCCCCUGCUGCACACCCUGUCGAUGACGGUGAACAGCUAUGAGGAUGUAAUCCAUCUACCCAUCCAGGUGUUUGAGAAUGCACCCCGGGUUCAUAGCCUGUCCAUCACCGGCGACUCUGCCCCCAUCCUUCCUUUCACCUUGCCCUCGAACUGGGCUCUUACCGAGCUCAGCAUCCUCUUCACCGAGGCUUGCACGCUCGCGCCGCAUGUCGGAGUUAUCUUGGCCUGUUGCGACACGCUACGGGAGUGUCACCUGACCUCGGACGCUUCCUGUGCGAAUUUGCCGCCACCCGCGAACUUCCCGUUCCUUGAACUGCUUGAUCUCGGCGGCAAUGCUACCGCGCUCUGUCAUGUCUUCACCGCUCCCAACCUCCAAUCACUGCACAUGGAUACCUGGAACAGUCUUGACGAUGACUUCAAUGCCUUCGUAGCGCUGCAGUCCAUGCUCGCCCGCUCCGGCGACUGCCCCUCCCUUCGCAAGCUCACCCUCAACUCGCUGGACUCGGGGCCACAGGGGCGCGACCUCAUCGCCAGCUUGCGGUCACUCUCAUCGUUGGAGGAGCUCGGCCUGCAGAACCGAGAUUACACGGACGACACGGAGCCAAGCCUCAUCACACUGGACCUGUUGCGCGCCAUGGUCCGCGAUGCGGACGAUCCAUCGUCCUUGGCCUUCCUGCCAAAUCUCACGCAGCUCUCCGUAGUGUUUGGCGACGAUUACAACAACGGCGCAGACCCGGCGGAUCCCGAGGUCCGCUCUGUGCUCAGGGCCAUACCCGAGUCUAGGACGCAGGCCAUGUCGGCCGAUGGAAGGGCGCUCGCUCUCCUUCAGCGCUACUACAACAAUGCCGGCGGUGAUCUGAAGGGUUGUUGCUUGCCACCUCUAGCUGAAGAUCCCAGCGACUCGGAAUCUGACGUGAGCAUGGAUGAGGACGACUACUGAGUUAUGCUCCGCAAUGGAAUGGUGAAUUCCAUGUCCGUGGUGCAACGCCCGACUCCGAAAUUUGAAGUACACCCAGGAUUGUUCCCCAAUGCGCUGGCUCGCAGGGGCGAGACUGCGGUUCUACAAAGCUGCCCCUCAUUCCUGAUAGCGAACUUGUCUGUAGCCUAACGAUGGUGUCUUUGUACGUCCUCGGUCCAGGAGUCGUGCUCGCCUGCCGGCAGGUCGUUGGAGCUCACUCCCGUUGAUUCACUGAGGACAUUCUUACGUACCGUCUGAGGGCCUUGCCAUAUUUCAUGAUAUGUACGCUCGUUAUCCGUACUGUUCAACCUUCACGACUAUCACGAUAUAGUAUCAUUCUACGAUGUCAGUUACGAGAAAUUCAGCGAGUCUCCUUCUUGAAAGAAAAUCAUCACACCGUCUUGCUAGAGGAAUAUACGCCUCAUGCAGCGAAAUGCAGUGGAGC